AGUACUCCAAGCAAUCAACAACUACAAAAGUUGCAAUGGCACCUCAAAUGGAAUACGUCUCAAAAACUCAACAUUAUCUGAAAGUCAAAAAGCCAUUGCUGGAACGUCAAAGACGUGCUCGCAUCAACAAGUGUCUGGAUACUCUCAAAGAAUUGGUGGCCGAAUUCCAAGGCAAUGAUGACAUACUGCGUUUGGACAAAGCCGAAAUGUUGGAAGCUGCUGUGGCCUUUAUGAAAACUGAGGUAAAGAAACCCCAAAUCAACCCCACCACUGUUAUACCCAUGGAUUCCUUUCGUCAUGGCUACAUGAAUGCUGUCAAUGAAGUUUCACGUGUUAUGGCCGCCACUCCAGGCAUGAAUGUGCAUUUGGGCAAAGCUGUUAUGGUCCAUUUGGGCAGUGAAUACAAUCGUUUGUUGCAAGUUACUACUACAACACCCAGCAGCUAUGCAGAGGCAGAUCAAGCUGCUCCCAUGUCACCGGCAUCAUCGGGUUAUCACAGUGAUGAAUAUGAGGAAAGCUCUAUGGCCUCGCCAGCUAAAGCUACACCUAUGUGGCGUCCUUGGUAAUGACGGGAGAACAAGAAGAGAGUGAAAUUUCGAUAAUUUCAAAAUCAAGAGCUUUAAACUGGAACUCAUCAACUGAGAGACUGAGAUAUAUAAAAAUCAUCUGUGAUAAUCGCUUUAUUUUAUAAAUUAAAUUUUAAGCAUUUUUUAAAAGCUUUAAUAGUUGUAAGAAGCCA